CCCGUUCACACCCAAACUCAUUCUCAAUGUCUGCUACAUACACCAAGAUCGCAAUUGUUGGCGCUGGUGGAGCCGUCGGCAAACCCACCCUCGACAGCCUCCUCGCCGGCGGCGUCGCCAAGGUCGUCGUGCUCUCUCGGCCGGACUCGACGAACACGUUCCCGUCGCACGCGAACUUGACCGUGGAGAAAGUGAAGUACGACGACGUUAACGUCGUCGCGACCACCCUGAAGAAGCACUCUGUCGAGGUGCUGGUCUCCACGGUCGGCUUUGGGGGACUCGAGGGGCAGACCGUGCUCGCCGACGCAGCGAAGCAGGCCGGUGUUCAGCUGUUUGUGCCCUCCGAGUUUGGCUUUCCGACCGAAGGCGUGACGGAGGGUUUCUUGACGUUGAAGGCGAAGGUCGCUGACUACUCCAAGUCUAUCGGGCUCCCUGUCGCCCGCGUCUACACCGGACUAUUUGCGGAGUACGCCCCGUGGGUAGGCUCGGUGCAGGAGAGUGGAAAAUUCCUGCUCCUGAACCCGGGCGACAAAGAGUUCAGCUUGACCGCGCUCCCCGAUAUUGGAGGCUUUGUCGCCUACGCAGUGACUAAAUUACCUCCCAAUAAACUCCAGAACGCAACCUUCCGCCUGGAAGGCGAUCGCUUCACUCUCGCCGGGCUCGCCAACCUGUUCCAGGAACUCAAGUCGGUGUCCGUCGAGCGCGUGGACAAGUUCCCCGAGGACAUUCCCGGCGUCCAGGUCAAGGCGUACCUUGUGGGGCAGAUCAACGUUGGGAAGGGCAGCACGAGCUACGACAAUGUGCAGGGCAAAGAGUUGGGCCCGAGCGCGAACUCCAACAGUCUGUGGGAGGGUCACAAGUGGAAGACGGCGAGGGAGGUGCUGAGUGCGGGUCAGUAGCCUGCAUGAAGACAUAGCAUGUAAAAUCUGUAUUGUAAUUACUUAGCAAACGAAGCAUUGAAAACUAAACUGAAGAAAUCACACCACAUUGAUAAGAC